AUGACGACCUUUACCAAGUUGGAUGACCAGGAUACCCCGGUUAUUUCCGUUCACCCUACCCGUCGCAUCUCUAAAAUCAAUCCUAACAUCUAUUCUGGCUUCACAGAGCACAUGGGCCGAUGCAUCUAUGGCGGCAUCUAUGAUCCUGGAAACCCAUUGUCGGAUGAUAAUGGCUUCCGUAAGGAUGUCCUCGAAGCAUUGAAGGAUCUCAACAUCCCUGUUGUUCGGUAUCCCGGUGGCAACUUCUGCGCUACGUAUCACUGGCUUGACGGUGUCGGUCCUAAGAACCAACGCCCAUCACGCCCCGAACUUGCAUGGCUGGGAACUGAGACCAAUCAGUUCGGAACGGACGAGUUCAUGAAAUGGUGCGAGACCAUUGGCACUGAGCCAUAUCUGUGCUUCAAUUUUGGCACUGGAACUCUCGACGAAGCACUGGCCUGGGUUGAGUACUGCAAUGGCACAGGAAACACAUACUACGCAAACCUCCGUCGGAAGAAUGGUCGUGAAGAACCAUACAAUGUCAAAUACUGGGCCCUCGGCAACGAAACAUGGGGUCCAUGGCAGGUAGAGCAAAUGACAAAAGAAGCAUACGCUCACAAGGCACUCCAAUGGGCCAAAGCUCUCAAACUCCUCGACCCCAGCCUCGUUCUUAUUCUCUGCGGCCAAGACGGCACCGCAACCUGGGACUACUACACCCUCAAGCACUGUCUGCUCCCCGCCCACUCGGCCCUCUCAACCAGCUCCGUCCCGCUCAUCGACAUGCACAGCAUCCACCUCUACACCUGCUCCAACUCACACCUCCCCAACGCCACAGCCCCGCUAGCCGCCGAGCGCGCCAUCGAAAUUACCUCAGGCCUCAUCGACCUCGCGCGCAUCGAAAAUGGCGUCCCGCCUGACCAACUCCGUCCCACUAUCUGCUUCGACGAGUGGAACGUCUGGGACCCCAUCCGCGCAGAAGGAAGCAAGGGCGCUGAAGAGAGCUAUACCCUCUCAGAUGCCCUCGCUGUCGCGGUGUGGCUGAAUGUGUUUGUGCGGAAGAGUCGCGAUCUCGGCAUGGCUUGUAUUGCGCAGAGUGUGAAUGUUAUUUCGCCGCUUAUGACGACGCCCGAGGGGAUUGUCAAGCAGACAACUUGGUGGCCGCUUUAUCUUUUUUCGAAGUUUAUGCGCGGCUGGACGGUUGCUGCGCAUGUCUCGUGUGGUGUUUAUGAGGGGGAGACGGCGCCGAAGUGGUUGAGGGGGGGCUGUGCAGACGCCUUGGAUGGGUUUGCGAAUUUGGUCGUUGUGAAUAUUCAUGAAGAGAAGAGCUUUGAGAGUGAGAUUGAGGGGGUACAGGGGAAUGUUGCGGUUUACACCGUUACUGGGGAUGGGGUUGCGGCUACGAAUAUGAAGGGGAGCGAGGAGGUUACUGUGAAGGAGUCCAGCUGGGAUGGAGAGGGCUCUUAUGUUUUCCCGAAGCUCUCUAUUACUUUGCUUAGAUGGAAGGCUGAGUGA